AUGGAUUCACAACAUCGUUGGUCUCAAUGGGGGCUGCUGCGCAGGAUGCCAAGCAAGCGCAAGUCUGUAAUUGGCUACAUUAUGCUUGCAGGUCUCGGUGUUUGGCUUUUUUCAGGUAUGAUCAGGUCAUGUGCAGCGACGCUGAAUCUGCGCGUCGCACAUGAAGCCAAGCAUGCAAGUGACAACCUGGAGGCGGAUAUGUCGCCAGCUGCCCGUUGUGCUCUCCACUGCGCUGCCUCUGUGAUAAGCGGUGCAGAUGCUGCUGCAAAUCGAACAGCCGGGGCUGCUCAAAUUCUUUGUCGCAGGAUGAUGAAAGCGUCCAGCGCCGCGAAGGCAUCAUCUGUGGCUGCUGCGCAAGAUGUUUGGCAGGAUGUGCAGCUGGCAUCUCGCUGGGUGAACUCGACCGGUAUGGCUCAGACCAGCAAGCGUCACAUUCAGGGGAUCCAUGACAGUUUCCACGGUGCCUGCCGCUUUCUAUCGCAGUCUGCAGAGGUUGCCCGAUGCAAGGCUAUAUCGUGCUAUGCCAGUGCCGCACAUUCACUUGCAGGCACAGCCGAGAUGAUUGCAGAGUCUGCAGACAAGGCUGCUACUACCUCUCGUGACAGUGCAGACUGCUUGGGAGCCAUGUCCAAGCGAUCUGCAGAGUUCUCCCUGUAUGCAGCUUUGGAGCUGCCAAAGACUGCAAGCCAGUCAGAGAUAAAGAGGGCCUUCAGGAGCUUGGCUUGGACCCAUCAUCCAGACAAAGGUGGAAGCCAAGAAAGGUUCAAAGAGAUCAGCUUCGCUUAUGAAGUGUUGAGCAAUCCAGAAAGACGCAAAGACUAUGAUGAGAAAGGAGACCGUAUGUUCUACACUGGCCCACCAUCUUCUCCGGAAGAGCUUGCAGAAAUGCUGCUCAGAGGUCCUGGAGGCAAGCCUGCAAGGAGGAAGAGUAAGGACAGAUUCUUGGCGCUGCCGGUUUCACUGGAGCAGCUCUACAGCGGGUACACUCACACCAUGGUGGUGACGCGUAGGGUGAUUGACGCAUCAGUACCCGGCCGUUGGACGGCUGUCCAGAUACAGGAGGAACUCACAAUCUUUGUCGAGCGGGGUUCCGGACACGGUGAGUCGAUCCGCUUUGCCAGCAAGGGCGACGAGCAACCGGAAUGCGAAGUGGGGGACUUGAUCGUGGUCCUCCACGAGCUGGAGCAUCAACGUUUCAGGCGUCGAGGAGCCGAUCUCUUCAUGAAAUUGGACAUCGGCCUGGCAGAGGCUCUUAGCGGUUUCAGGCGCAGUCUCCAACAUCUGGACGGGCGGCGGAUUCUCGUAAAGGGCGACCCAGUUCUCGAGGUGGACGGCCCAUUUACCAAGGCAGUGAAGGGCCAGGGCAUGCCGCUGAAGGGCAGGCCGUUCAUUUGUGGCAAUCUUUUUUUGGAGAUUCACAUCCACUUCCCCGAGAAGUUAGAUGCUUCCGUGAUGCUUCUGCUCGACGAAGUGCUUCCACGCGGCGUGAAUUCGGCAGAGAUUCGUGAUGUCGAUGCCGUGUGUACCUUUGCAGAUGCCGACCCAUUUGCGCAGGGUUUGCAAGCAGGCUAA